UCGAUCGUGUUAAUGACGCACAUAAGUUCAAGUCUGGUGAAGAGUAUACAUGGACUUGGUUACAAGUGAGGAAUAAACUUCAGAGUCUGUAUCAACCAGCAGGCAAAAGCUUCAGCAUGGAUUUUGUGAAGGAAAACGGCUCAGCCAGCUUUCCCGGAAUUUCAGAGCAAAUGAGAAAAGAAAUUCAGGCUGGGGUCCGUGAAUACAAAACCAUAUAUGAAGAUCAAGGGAAAGUCAUGCUGCCUAGGAAGGCAGCAGUAGCAGCUUCCGCUGCGAUCACACGACUCGCAGAAUACAGAGAGGUCGACUCGCCACCAAAUGGGAGGAAGGUGAGUAGCCGAGUGGAGCUCUUAACUCCUACUGAAAAAUCCACCAGAAAUCGAGCAGUUCCAAAAUGGAGCAUACAAACUCUAAGAUUGAAGACAAAUCCCACCGCCUGCAUCAAGAGCAACGGCAAAAAAGUCAAAGCUUGGCUUCACAGGCGACGAGACAAAGUCGGUCCGGGGAUGUUGAUGAGCGUACUCUUGGGCCACGACCAACACGAGCAACGACAAGUCAGUGUACUGAUGGGCUCCAGCAACAACUACGUCAGAACCGCGCAACAACCUCUGAUAUAAGGCAACAGAGUGAUUCCGCAGCACCCGAUCGAGUUAACCGUACUCUGGAGGAGGGCAAGUACAGAACAGCACUGCAGCAGAAGCAAGUAGAGAUCGCCGAAAUUCGCGAACAAUGGCGAGAAGAAGUAGCAAGUCUGAGGAAACGUGAGGAGCAAUUGACGCAAGACAAGAAGGAUCUGUCCAUUAAAAUCAGCCAUCUUGAAAUGGCAAGGGAUAUGAGAAGUACCGCUUCCGCGGGUGAUCCGAUGGAACUCGAAUUAUAUUUCAUGAACAAACAAGUUUACGAGUUGGAGCAGAAGAUACAGAUGAUGCAAGGCAAAAUGCGCUUCAUCAGUGGUGAUGGGGAUACUCUGGCAGACUCUGCAAGUAACAAAGCGCCGAAAUUAUCAACAGUACAAUGGAUUUCUUGCAAGGCGAGCUCGACUCAAUCUUGCAUGGUCAUGACAGAGCAGACAUGCUCCAAGCACCGUCAAAAAUAGAUUCGAAUGACCUUGGCAAAUUAAUUCGGUCUGUCCAUACCUCCACUGGGUGCAAACAAACUGAAGAAAAUCUUCUUCGGGAAUGGGUCUUGAAGUACGAGCCCGAUAUGGUCAUUAAGACACUUGUUCUUGCGGCUCUUCGAGAUUGGGUUUUCGCAUCCACGUUUCCAUCUUUCACGCCAAAAAAAACCUUGCUGAUAGAUGCGUAUCGUGAAGCACUGAUAUCGCAAGGUAUGUAGUCCAGUACCUGAAGUCUGCAGCGAGACUGAUUGA